CGGAAAUGAUUGGUUGGCAUUGGCAACGUUUUAGCCAGGUCUAACGGGCGUACACAGCCUCUGAAUAAAGAAACCGAAAGGAAGGGUUAUAAAGAGGAUUUGGCUGAGGACUUCUGAAGCUUUUAAUUCUUCACAUCCACUCACCAUAGAGGAGCGAGGAGCGAGUACAGACUGCAAACAGAAUGACCAGCUCAUCUGCUCCCAGGAUGGUUAAUAGUUACAAGCGGACUUCAAGCCCUCGAUCCCCUACUAACAGCGGGGAGCUUUUCACCCCAGCACAUGAGGAAAAUGUGCGCUUUAUACAUGAUACCUGGCAGUGUGUGCUCAGAGACAUCAGAUCAACACAAAAUAGUGAACGUAAUGACCGUGGACCACAGGAGUAUGUGGAGAAGAACCCAAAUCCUAACCUACAUUCUUUCACACCAGUGGACCUGAGCGACCUCAAGAAACGCAACACACAGGAUUCCAAGAAGUCCUAGUCUUUCUCACGAUGAUCCAGUCGCUUCUUUCCACCCAUUAUCCUCGAGAACUUUUCCUCCAUCAGCCAGAAAGUCAGCCCUGUUGGCCAGUCUAGCACAGAAUGCCAAUCUUGUUUCUCAACUUUGGACCAUUGCAGCCCAAUCUCUUUCUUUACCCUCUACGACCGACUACAAAGAAAAGAACCGGGAUUCCAGGGAGCACGUAUUCUCUCGUCUCUUGGUUCAUGUGUUUUUUUCCAGUCACAAAAUCUUCAUAUGUACAUUCUUUAUGCGGAUGGGACUGGCGCAAACUUUCAUCAAAAUUUGCUGACAUCUGAUGCUGAGGUACAAACUGUGGACACCCUCCACAGGACACAAAAGACUGCAGUCUUAAAUACAAACCUUGUUUUCUUUACUACUGCUACUUAUAUGACUUUGGAGGAAAAUGCGAAAGGGCUGACUUCUAUUUUUUUUUUUUUUUUUUUUAGUAUGUUUUGGAAGAUAGUUUGAUCAGUAAAAUUGUAGAAGUAAUGAAAUGGUCACAUUGGAUAAACACUUUAUGGGCAAGUUUUGGAAGCCAAAUGCAAUGUAGAAGGCCAACAUUUUUAUUAUAAAUUUACUUGCCCUCAAAUGGACUUUACUAAGUAGAGA